GAGGAAGAGAAGAAGAUGAAAGAAGGCAAAAGGGGAGAGGAGACGGAGAGGGGUCACGACAAAAGAAAGGGGAGGGGGGAAGAUGAGCGAGGAGAGCAAGGACAAGCCGCAAUGCAGCACCUUCCAUGGCGCCUCCGACCACGCCCAGCCCGCCAGCAUCGGCUUCCCCCUGCCGGUGCCGCCGCCGGGCCUAACAAUCGCCCAUUCCCCCUCUCCUGCCUCUCCGGCCGGCUUAACCGCCGCUCAACCUCCCUUCCCUGCGCCUCCGCAGCAGCCGUUGCCUCCCUCUUACGCCCACGACUACCAGGCCGCCCCAGGUUAUGCACAUGUCGUUGAAGGAAGACCAGAGACACUGCCAAGUCUCCCUUGCUGCGGCUUGGGCAUCGGUUGGGUUUUGUUCAUAAUUGGAUUCUUUCUGGCUGCGAUCCCAUGGUAUGUUGGCGUGUUUUUUCUACUUUGUGCCAGAGUAGACCACAGAGAGAAACCAGGCUUAGUCGCUUGCACAAUUGCAGCUGCGCUUUCUGCAAUUGCUGCGAUUAUCGGUGGUGCAACCAGUUGAGCUGACGUGUGUGUGUGGCGAGAUUAAUAAUUAGUAAUGUGUAUGUAUGUAUGUGUCUUGUCUUUCCAACUCGCCAUAUAGAAAGAAAUGGUAGCCAAAAUAUCACUCAAUGUCGGAAUUUCAUACGAGAUCAUGAGACGGAGCCCUGUAAAGGUAUCAUUUGUUUAUUCCUUGGGUUCUUGUGAGAAAGAGCAAAGGUUGAGUGGCUGUUCCUUUUGUCUAUCUGACUUUUACUUGCCAUUGGGGGGACAUGUAACUACUCUUUAUGUUCAGCCAUUUAGAGUCUGUCGAGGCGUGUUAAAGCCUUCUUCUUUUGCCUCCCCCGCAGAUGGAUAAGCUUGGUAGGUAGAUUUGAUAACAAUACGAUGAGAACGAGUCAGCUUGAAUGACUUGUACCUAUCGAAACAAUUACCGGUAUUCAAUACCAACAGGAGCAUGUCAAGCUGUAUUCAAAAUAGAAAAAAAUGGACAACACUUGG